AGUAAAUUGUGCGUAUUCGAACUGUUUGAUGAGCGGUGACCCAGACCGCUACCCGCCCCCGUAGUCGUAAACCGUUGCUGUGGACUGGCAUUAUCGCACAUAACGGUGCGGAAAGAUAGUAAAGGAGUACAUAAAAAGAAAAGACCUUUCAAACACCAACGCAAUAAACUCCGUAGAUUCUCCUAACACCAUCUUUUUUUUUCUUCUUCUAGCACCUGAUUCAUUCUGCCUGCUGCUAUGCGACUGUUUCUUCUGUAAAAAAAAAUUCCCCGUUCUCCUCCUUUCCAAACAAGUGCAGCGUGCGAGCUUACUGCUUGUUAACUUUCGCCUUUUAUAGUUUUUUUUCCCCUUCUUUCCUUCAUGCUGUCCUUGACUUCAUUAUUAAACUUAACACAAAAAUCGCUUUUCUGUGACAGGCGCGCAAAGAUUUCGCUUUCCUAACCUGUUUUUGAACUACUCUUCAACGUCUAAUUUGUUUUGUUCGUGUUUGUCUGCCUCUCUUUUUUUCUUUUAUCUUCAUCUUUUCCUGUUGUUGUUUUUGCGGAAGACGUGCGCAGAGCACACGGCACUGGCGCCUCUUUCCUCCUCUUCCACAUCUUUCUGUUUUUUACAGAAUUUUCUACGCCACAAGUGCUGUGGUGAGGUGGUUUCGUGUGUGCGCGUGUGAGAGCAAAGGUGCAGAAGGAAAGCGUUGAUAUAUAUAUAUAUCUCCUGCCCACCUCUCUUUUUCUAUCUCUCUGUAGCAGUUUGUCAACUCUGUACAUAUCGGUUCCUUUAUUUAUUUAUUUUCGAGAGGAUUUCUUUCUUCUUUCUCUUGUCUCUCUUCACUCUCAAUCAUUUUUUUGUGUGCGUUUUUACAUCUUCGUCUUCUUUCCUCGUCGUACCCACAACCGACUGCGGUUUAUAUUGACCUCUUUUUUAAGUUCUCGUGAGCACUUGGUGUGUGAAUCUCACAGCGUUGCUUCUUAUUUUCCCUCUCCCGCUCCAUUAAAAGAAAAAUAAGAAUCACUCGUGAGGUGCGCGUUUCUCCUCAUUCGUGGUAAAGUUCUUCGUAUAUCAUUCGUGUAGUUCUUUUUUGAAUUCUACCCUCCUUCUCUCUAAGUAUAUGUAUUUAUACUUUCCAAAAAAUAUAUAUAUUUACAAAGUCUAUGUAUUAUUUUUCCUUGUUUUAUAUUCCUGAAAAGACUGUUUUUUAUUUUUUCUCUCUCUCCGUUUGCGUCUAAUUGCUUUCUUCUAGCUCAUUGACGGCGUCCCUUCUCCGUCUAUUGUUUCGCUGUGUGUGUUCUUCCCUGUUAGCCACCGCACCCUUCACUCAAUCGUGUAAGGAAUAGGUGGCCCUGCGUUGAGCACAUCGAGAACGUGACUCUUUUUUCGCUCUUCUUACGUUUGCUUUUUAUUGGAAAGCAGCAAAUUGUUUUUCUUUCAGCGUCUUUUCUUUUAGUGACGAGCAGGACCAAAUCGGUGUGAAAGAAAAAAUAUUCUUCUCUCUUUGUUUUUAUUAGUAUUAACUUGUGUAUGUGUGUGUGCCGCUGCUGUGCAACGUGGUUUGAGUGAUUAUUAUUAUUAGUGUUGUUUUUCAAUUUACUCUUGUCGUUUCGCGUCUAAUACAUUACGCCGAAGUUGUCUUUCUAUAGAGUGUCUUUUUUUCCCUUUUCCUUCUCUUUCCUUCGUUAUUUACUGCAUUUUACGCGUGGCGGACUCGUCUUCUUCUUCCCCUUUUGCCUGUGUACGUUGACCUUCCGACCACUGUUUUCUGUUGUGUGUAUACUUAUAAAAAUAUAUACACAUAUAUAUAUAUAUACAUCUGUCUUUGUCACCACGCCCAUUUCUAUUUCUCUCUCUCUAUAUAGAUAUACUUUUUUGGCGACUUCUCUCUCCUUCUUUUAUUUGUGCUUCUUUGGGCGCUGCCGACGCCUUGUCAUAUGCCUGCUCCAUUCGCGGAGGUGAAACCGCGUUCCACCACGGCAUUGGCUCCUGUGUCGCCGGUUGUGCAACGCGUCAAGAGCGGCGAAGAUCGCAUUGCUUCGUACCCCAGCGCUGUGGAAAGCCAGCUCCGCGACACCGCGCCCGCCGGUGCACCUCACCUGACGCCUCGCCUAGCGAUAACCGUCGCUGCGGUCACCUCGAAGGAGAACACGCCGCGCUGCACCUACGACGUCACGUGCUACCCGCCGAAAGUUCCUGCCGCCACUACCACUGCCACCACCACCACCAUAAACGCGAUGGCGGUGCAGUUGCUGUCUAAGCCACGGCGAAGUUCGCCGUACUUACCGCAGCUCAGCCUUGCUGAGGGCCACCGUACGUCGCCCUUGUCGGCGAACCCGGAGGAGCGCGCGGGGGAGUUUAAUGAAGCCUCUCUGUGCGUGCCGUUGUCGGCGGGAUGGGUGACCGGCACCCCUACCCCGCAUCUGAGCGCGCGACGGCUCUCGCCUCUCUCGCUACUGGCCGUUCCUCCUUCCUCCACGUCACCCGCUGUGACGUCCACCAACGCUGCCACGAGGUCGCCAGCGACGUGUGCGACGGUGGAGGAGACGCCGCCGGCUGCGUCGGCGAAGAUGGUGGCAUUCGAGCAGCGUCGCAUUCCACUCCCGCCGCCUGCGGUGGUGGCGAAUUCGGUGGACGAUGACGAGAGUGGCAAUGCCAGCAGCAGCAACACCGAUGCUGGAUCUGCCGCCGCCACCGCCGCUGUCAUCUCGCAGCCACGCAAGACUGCGGACACAAAACAAACGAAAUUCGAAGCUCAACGGUGUCUUUGCACGCCACGCACGCAGCAGCAGCAGCGGCAGUCGCAUUUGGCACCUUAUCCCCCGCCCACUGGCUGUCCUGCAUCAUGUAGCACCUCUUCAGGGCCGCAAGACUUCGACAACGACGGCGAUGUGCGAGGCUCGGUGCUGCCAUCCUGCUCGAUGGACUCCACCAUCCUGCCACAGAAAAGCGCCCCCACAUGCUCCACCAGUCUCUUUACGUCUGUCUGCUUCGACGUCGCCGCGGAGGACGCACCGCGGGGAUGCGCACCCACGUCGCCCCGCGAUCUCGGGACGGCAACGUGCCGACUGCCGCCGAUGCCGCCGUGCUUUUCGCCAUCCCCGCCGUCCUCCGCCAUCGACGCGACGGAAGCGGCAAAGGCGGGCGCGGCUGAUCGCGAGCAGGCGCUGGUGGCUCGGGACUUGCAGCAGUGGCGGCGCUGCAGCCGACACCGCCAGCUCCUCAUGCGAGCCUGCAACGUGGCUGAUGCGCGCUACGACGCGCAGCCCGUCACGGUGCACCCGUCACGCCCCUCCCUCGUGCUGGGCAGCGACUGCAACGACGCGAGCGACGAGCAUGCGAACAACGCGAGCGCGGCGCUGGCGGGGCUGCCCGGUAUGACACACGACGGAGAAGUUCCAGAGAACACCGUCGGGACACCCCACAGUGCGGUGCCGUACGCGUUGUCGGAGGCGGCGCUGCGACGUGCGGAAGACGCAGCGCGGCAGCAGGAGUCAGUGCGCCACGCCUCCGCGCGUUCACGGACGUCCAUUAUUUCCCGCUGCUCCACGCCGGACUGGGCGGGAGUUGAAGGCGGAGUGCUUUUCCGUAAGAACGAGGCUUCGCCGAGACGCGGAGGCGGUAGCGGCGCGUCGGGGCGGAGUCCCUCGUUGGACCGCCUCUUUGUCCGGCCCUCCUCCACGUCUGUCAUGAUGGACUCCCUGCGUGACGGCAGCGGGUGGAGCCGCAGUGAGGUGGGGCUGUGGGCUGGCAGCAGUCGGCAGUUGAACCUGUCCAUACUCACCUUCACAGGGGCGCCCGCCUUGAAUUCCUUCUCGCCGAACUCCGACAGCAGCCUCAUCCCGUAA